ACGCUAGCGAGGCGUCGUCCCCGUUCUUCUUCCCCGCAGGAUCAGUGCCCACUCGCCGAGUCGCCAUUCACCACGCCCGCAUGCGUACCGGAACAGCGCCUCAGCUACCGCGCGCGCCACGCCGGCUCUCCACCUGAGUCGGCCCGUGCGCUACCCCAGAGGCCCCGAACCAUCCACCCAAGCACGCGCGCACAGGCUCUCUCGAACUCUCGCCGUACGGUGCUACGGGCGCGCAUGGCCAGCCGACUCCUCUCGCUCCGGCAGGCCACAAGGAGGUGGCGCUUCCGGCCUUCACCACCUCCGCCCCAUUGCCCCUCGUCCGGUAGCGUAGAUGCGACGGCGCUUUCCCGCGGAACAAUGAAGCUCAGCGCACCACCUCCGCCUUAUACUUUUCACAAGGUUUUUGACCAAGACGACAGGUUCUUCAGUUGGCCACAAAGUUAUAACCUUCAAACAUGCCGUCCUGUCCAUACCAGUCUACCUGUUGAUAGUCAAAACCAAGAUAUGGCAACGGGUCCACAAAAUACUGGGGCCAUGGUAUCCGUUGAUGAUUCUGACAAACCAAAAGCGAAGAGGAAAAAACUUAAAGGAAAGAGGGCCGUAACAAGGUUUUUGAAAUCCUUGAGAUGGAAAAAGGAAAGGGAAUUUCAGAGAAUGACCGCUGAGGAGAAGAUUUUGAAAAAAUUGAAGCUAGCUCGAAGGAAGGAAGAACGACUUCUUGCAGCUUUGAAGAAAAUUGAGCCAAAUGAUCCUUCAGAACCCACACAUGAUCCUGAGGUUCUUACACCUGAAGAACACUUCUACUUCCUCAAGAUGGGCCAAAAAAGUAAAAAUUAUGUGCCUGUUGGAAGACGUGGAAUUUACCAGGGAGUGAUCUUGAACAUGCAUUUGCACUGGAAAAAGCACCAAACCCUACAGGUAAUUGUGAAGACAUUCACACCAGAGGAGGUUAAGGAAAUUGCCUCAGAGUUAGCAAUUCUAAGUGGUGGUAUUGUGCUCAGCAUUGAAGAAGGAAAUACAAUUAUUAUGUACAGAGGGAAAAACUAUGCACAGCCACCACCCGAGAUAAUGUCACCAAAGGUUGCACUUCCUAGAAAGAAGGCACUGGACAAAUCAAAAUAUAGAGAUCGCCUCCGAGCUCUUAGGCGGUACAUUCCCAGGCUUGAGCAGGAGCUUGAAGAUCAGCACGCCCGGAUGAAGUUAGUUGAAGUUAUAGGACAAAGUGCGGCCAAAGACAUUGCUUUUAUUUCAGACUCUACAAACAGUGUGUCCGUGAAUAAAGCUUCUUCUAGCUCAGUUCACAAGAGAACUGUAUCCGAACUCCUGUCAGAAAAUAUAGAAAGGUCUGAGAAGUUGGAGGAUGAAAAUUCUGAGGUUGAUGAUGAUUCAACUUCGGAGUCUAUUGCAUAUUCAGAAUCCGAGGAUCUCUCUGACAUGUUUGAGACAGAUUCAGAGGAGCAAGCAGAAGAUAGCAAGGAGCGUCCUUUGUAUCUGGAUAGGCUGGAUAAGUUUCUCCCAGAAAAAAAUGAUAACGAAGCAGACGAUUUUGAGGAGCAUCUGCGGAAGAUUGCUUCACUUUCUGAUAAGGCAGAUUCACCCGCAAAAGAACUGAAAAUCUCCGAGCUUGAUGAGAUUGAUAAAAUAUUCCUAAGAGCUAGUUCAUUGCUGAAGAAAAGGUGACGGUCAAAUUAAUUUGUAUACGAUUUGCUUGAGUUUUUCUACCUAAACAUUUAUGUGCAGUUUACUGGGAUCUUCCAAAAAGAAUUGAGAAAUACUGGUAAGUGGUCGCAGACUCUCAGACACUGAGCUGAUUCAUAAAUCUUACUGAAGAGCAUCCA